AUGGGCCACAAUACCUGGAGAACCGCCGCCUGUUGAUGAUUCAGAAAUCGAUAAGUGGCUUCCACGCUUUGUUGUUCUCCAAGGACCAUUUGUUUUCUUGUAUUUCAUGUCCACAGGCUGGAGGGAUAAGAGAUGCCACUUGAAAGUGAAUAAGGGCAAGAAAUUUUGAAUUGUUUGUUCACCAAGGCCUGUGGAGACAUAUAACAUGGUGGCGGUUGGGGCUUUGUUUAGAUGGAUACAGAAACUACACAAAGAUGGGUCAACUCUGUCGGUUUUGACCUAUGCUAAAAUUGAUCUAUUUCAACCUGAACCGUUUUCACAUGUUACUCAUCCUGGCUGAUUGUAUCGGGUGUCGGAAAAUGUUGUCUGCCUGUCUUUAUAUGUAUCCUAAUUUGGCUUUUUAGUGUCUGCCUGUCUUUAUAUGUAUCCUAAUUUGGCUUUUUAGUGAAAUUUUUGGUACCGAAGGAUGAGGAGGAUACUUUGACAACUACGGGAAAGUUAGGAGACAUUAUGCAAACCCCCAGCUUCAGAUAUUUGCCCUUUUUUACCAUGGAAACUACUCAUGCAGAAGAUACCAGAAAGGAAAAGAUGCUAUGCUUGGGAGAAUUCAGAAUAGUUUCCAAGAAAAAGGUCCAAAGUGUUCGAACACAAGAGUUAUCAUGGUAUCGGCAAGUACAAAUGCUAGGAGCGUUGAAUACAUUUAUAUUAAAUAGUAUCCCAGUGGUAGUGAUUGUGGUUUCAUUUGGGCUGUUUACUUUACUUGGACGAGAUCUUACACCUGCUAGAGCCUUCACAUCACUCUCUUUGUUCGCUGUGCUACGUUUUCCACUCUUCAUGCUUCCAAAUACUAUUUCUCAGGCCGUAAAUGUCCAUGUUUCUUUGAAACGUAUGGAAGAUCUACUUUUGGCCGAGGAGAGACUUCUUCUUCCAAAUCCACCUCUUGAACCAGGACUUCCAGCUAUCUCAAUUAGGAAUGGAUCAUUUUCAUGGGAUUCAAAGUCAGAUAAACCUACACUGUCUAAUAUAAAUUUGGAUAUACCAACGGGCAGUCUGGUGGCAAUUGUUGGAAGCACGGGAGAGGGAAAGACAUCACUUGUAUCUGCUAUGCUUGGAGAACUUCCUCCAGUUAGUGAUGCACAUGUUGUUUUGAGAGGAACAAUUGCUUGUGUCCCACAAGUCUCAUGGAUUUUCAAUGCAGCUGUACGUGACAACAUAUUGUUUGGAUCCCCCUUUGAACCUGCAAAGUAUGAGAAGACACUAGAUGUAACUGCAUUGCAGCAUGACUUGGAAUUGCUUCCGGGCGGUGAUCUUACUGAGAUUGGUGAAAGAGGGGUGAAUAUUAGUGGUGGGCAAAAGCAAAGAGUUUCCAUGGCUAGAGCUGUAUACUCUAAUUCAGACAAACCCCUGUCCCCUUCGCCUUCGACACCUUUGGCUCCCUAGCUCCAGAAGCUAUCCGUUUGUUGACUAGGGUCCAAAAGGUUGUCCAUAACAGUUGCUCAUCAACAGGGGGCAGGGGUUUGUCUUUAAUAGGCUAGGGUUUGCUAUUCAGAAAGGGGUAGCGGCGCAGCUUGUUGCUCGCUUACCUACGCUAUUGAUGUAAAAUGCACUUAUUU